AUGAACUGCCGCGCCGCGCAGCACCAGCAGCAGCAGCAGGCACAAAACGGCCAGCACAACAAAAACCCGUACGAGGCGCGGGUGGAGCUGCUGAUCAAGGGGUUUUCGCCCAACUACCGGGGCGACCCAGACCUGGAGCGCAACCAGUCGGCCGCGAUCCCCCCGGAACAAAACUGCAGCCUGUUUGUCGUGGGCUUAGCGCCCGACCUGACCACGCACGAGCUGCUGUCGGGCAUCCGAGACGUCGGCCGCGUCUAUGCCUCGCACAUUAACCCGCCUGAUCCGGCGCGGGGACACUUUGGGAGUGCGGCGAAAGUGGUGUUUUUCGAGAGGGCUGCUGCUGAGCGCUUCUAUCUUCUUUAUGCAGCCACCGGCUUCUUUACGCCACGCAACCCGCACAUUCGCGGGCGUGUCUCGUGGAACCGCAUCCGCUCGGCCCAGAUCGAUGUUGGCGGGUCCAAGUCACGCGUGCUGCUCAUCAGCGGACCGCCAGUCUUUGUCAAUGAGCAUUUUAUACGGCAAUAUCUGGAUACCAAGAUGCAAUAUCAGGUUGAUGAAGUGGUGCAUCGCUACGUGAGCGAGGACAGGACAAGGGUGCUGCUCGAGUUUCGGUUUGGGAGUUUUCGUUGCCAGGCCGAGGCUGCGAGAAUGGCAUUGAUGAGGGAGUUCAGGGACCACGGUGUUGUUUGUGAAUAUGGUUAG